GACUCGAGCCUUUGGUCAACAGCCUUCUUGCUAACCUGGGCGGGAUAGCUCGCUGCGAAGCUGUAGCUCGGGGGUCCACCCUUUGCAUCGUCAUUACAUAGCACUUACCUGCGCGUGAGUUCUGAAAGAUCAUUCUUGCUUCUUCUUCUUUUCUCCCUCUCUUUGUAGAUAUUGAAUUGAAUCAAUACAAACAAUCACAUUCAUAUCUUGCACAUUACUCACAAUGGCCACACAAACCGCUUCCCAAAAGAACCCCUCUUUCGUUCUCCAAGAACCAUUCAAAGUCACAUAUGAAGAUCGGCCAAUUCCUGAACUCCCAUCACCAUACGACGUUAUUGUGCGGCCGCGAUGGACUGGUAUAUGCGGUUCCGACGUGCACUACUGGGUCGAGGGACGCAUCGGUCACUUUGUAGUUGAGAAGCCCAUGGUGCUCGGCCACGAGUCUGCUGGUAUCGUACACAAGGUCGGCGAUAAAGUCAAGGGCCUGAAAGUCGGAGAUGAAGUCGCCAUGGAGCCUGGUGUGCCCUGCCGUCGCUGCGUGCGCUGCAAAGAGGGAAAGUACAACCUCUGCCCAGACAUGGCAUUCGCAGCAACACCCCCAUACGACGGUACCCUCGCACGGUACUACACUCUUCCAGAAGACUACUGCUACAAGCUGCCCGGAAACAUGAGCAUGGAGGAGGGCGCGUUGAUUGAGCCCACCGCCGUCGCUGUCCACAUUACCCGCCAAGCAGCCAUCAAGCCUGGUGACUCUGUUGUCGUAUUCGGUGCCGGUCCCGUCGGUCUUCUCUGCUGUGCCGUCGCAAAGGCAUACGGCGCAAAGAAGAUUGUGACGGUUGACAUCAACGACGAGCGUCUGGACUUUGCCCUCAACUACGCUGCCAACGCCAGUUUCAAGAGCGAGCGCGUAAGCGCAGAGGAGAAUGCCAGGAACAUGAUCAAGCAGUGUGAAUUGGGACCUGGUGCUGAUGUUAUUAUCGAUGCGUCUGGUGCAGAGCCUUGCAUUCAGACUGCCAUUCAUGCUCUGCGCAUGGGCGGAACAUAUGUUCAGGGCGGUAUGGGCAAACCAGACAUCACCUUUCCCAUUGUAGCAAUGUGCACAAAGGAACUCAACGUCAAGGGCUCCUUCCGCUACGGUCCCGGUGACUACCAGACUGCGAUUGAUCUUGUGGCUACCGGCCGUAUCUCAGUCAAGGAGCUCAUCACUGGCAAAGUCAAGUUUGAGGAUGCAGAGAAUGCGUUCAAGGAUGUCAAGGGCGGCAAGGGCAUCAAGAUUUUGAUCGAGGGUCCUGCCGAGUAGGUUUUAUC